CGAGUACGGGUUCGAGCCUCGAGAGCACCGCGGGUGCUUCUGGCACUUUGGCAAAAUGGGGAGCUCGGCGCCGGCUUGCAGAAAGCUGCACAGCCAGGUUGUAGAAAUGUUUUGUCAUCCUCGUAAGUAUUUUACCGUGUCAGGAGGUUGCAGCGAUGCGCAUGAUGGCCAGCUUCUUGCUGCAGUCAGGCUCGAGCCUUCUCAGAACCGUUGCCCCUAUGCAGUCUUCCAAACUCAAGUGGCCGCAAUGGAGCUGUCCGACACCGUCGCUGACCGUGUCGCCAUCUCCAUCGCGGGUGUCAGAUGGUCUUGCAUCUCGAGCGCGGGUGUGAUUCAGAUCGCAUAUGUUAUUGAUUUAGCUAUCCGUGUUACUUGUCUAUUUUCAGAUGGUUCCGUGUUCGUCGACUUCUCCGAAGCAGGAUGCGAGGUCAGAGGCGGACAACAGACGUGCUUCGAGGGCGAGCUCGUAAUAUUUGUCAUGCAGUGGUGGCUCUACAUGGAGCUUGCUCUCAAUUGUGGGAAAGGUAUUGGGAUGGCGCUGUUAUUAUGUUUGCUUGGCUGUUUGACUAAUGCGGGCCGCAUGGGCACAGGUUUCGGCUACGUGCAGAAGGUGUUGGGUUUCCAGCAGACGCUUACAUUCGUAAGCAUUUUCUUGUUCAUAUGUUAUUUUGCUGGUGUCCAUUCUUACCUGGGCAAGGCCACCAUGCACACAUACUCGACUGCUGUUAUGGUGAGCGUUUUCUUCUUCCUGUUCGCGGAGGUGGUACGCCGCAGGCUGGAGGGCCUGCACCUGGACAGCCAGCGGCUCAUGGUGCGCGGGGACGCCCGGGCUCGUGCAGACGUGCUGCCACGAGUCCGGCAUGCGGACCUGGAGAACGAUCCCGGCAGCUUCCAGGAGGUAUGCUGUCCCAUCUGCUUGGCAGACUUCUUGCCCGACGAGAUUUUAACGAAGCUCGCUUGCGGCCACACUUUCCACAUAACUUGCAUCCGCAUCUGGCUUGCCCGUGGAUUUCAGUUUGGGUGCCCUAUGCGCUGUGAUGUACCUGCACCAGCGCUGGCACCUGCUGUCGCGGGGACAGCUUCAGCAGCCUCCAGGAGGAGGAGGAGAAGAAGAAGGCAACACAACCGCGUACUGAUUGUAGGUUAGUCCGAUCGCGUAAACGAGGGGAAAGGGCAUUCUGAUCUGACUGCCUGGCGCGACACGGGUAUCACUCUUCGCAUCCGGCGCUGCUUGCCAGGCAGUUUUCUGUUACACUUAUAUUCUGAGCGUGAGUGCCAGAGAUUGCUUUCAUAUCGCGACUCCAGUUGGAGACCCGACCUUGUUUCUUAGCAAAUAUGUUGGCUCAAGGACGCUCUGGACGAGCUCGGUAUUUCCCUGACGACGUAAGCUGCCGGCCCGUUGAAUGUAUGUCGAAUGCUAGAUUUUGACUCCCGCGAUUGACAUUCGUAAUGGUUGCAUGGGCGCUCGAUGUACCGAUACCCCUUGAGUGAUAAAGUGAGUGAAUGUCGGUUCAUCAUUCGGGUCUGUUUUCCUCAUGGUUUCGCCAGUUAGAGGUGUCCCCAAUAUUUGCGCUCCCUACCACUAUCUGUCAGCCAUCUGUUUGCGUCGUCACCAUGCGGUCCAGAUGCACAUUCUCAUAGUAGCGAAUCAGUGGAAGUACGUAGCCUUUUCUGCGGAGGCGGUGCGAACUUGGACCAACCGUGCUGUUUGACCAGCAGCAAGAACGGAGCAGCGCCCACUGUAUCGCAUUUGCCAAACAGCCGCGAUCAAACCUGCAUCGCUUCCACCUGUGCAAUCCUCUUGAGCUCCAGGUCGCCGCGGCCUAUGUUGUGCAGCCCCUGCUGCCCAGUGUAAGUAGUGUGUCUGCAGCUUUCGUGCUAGUCGGGGACACGUAGUUACAUGCUGGCAUGUGCCAGGGGUGCAGAGGCAACUGCCCAAACAGGACGACCAGGAUGAGUAGGG